AUGUCUGCGAAUUCUGUGCCUUCGUUUGGUGAGCUGCCUAUUGAUAAGAAGGGACCAUUUCUGAAUGCCUGGGGUUUAUAUGGUGACGAUGACCAGCUGGGCUUCUUGAACCGUCUCACCGACGACUUGGUGAAAGAAGCAGCCAAAGAGAUACAGUCUGGCACAAGAAUCUCACUCAACUGGCCAAUGGAUGCUCAGAACGAUAUACCUUUCUUCGGCCGUCAGGUUUUCCACAAACAUGUCUAUCAGAAGCCACCUCGCGUCGUUAACGACGAUGUGUGGACCUUCAACACACAGAGCAGGGAUGGCCUUCGACACUUUGCCUAUCAAAAGGAAGCAAAGUUCUACAAUGGAGUAACUUUGGAUGAUAUACAUGGGGAUAAUUCGACUAUCAAUGGCAUCGGAGCCUGGAGUGAAAAGGGUAUCAUAGGUCGUGGUAUCCUCCUCGACUACGAAGCUUGGCGAGAAGAACACAAUCAUCCACUCAAGGAUGCAUUCAAACCUGGUGUCAUCACCUUAUCCGAGCUGAAAUCAGUCGCCGAGUGGGAAGGCGUAGAAAUCAAGUUUGGCGAUAUCCUCAUCAUUCGUUCUGGAUACAUGGCUCAAUACAACAAACGCUCUCGAGAUGACCUCGAAGCCCUUGGCAAAAUUAUGCCGCCUACGUUCUUAGGCGUGGAACAGAGUACGGAGACGUUGAAUUGGAUCUGGGAUAACUUCUCCGCGGUCGCUGGCGAUCAACCAUCAUUCGAGUGCUGGCCAUCUUCCCAGCCAUACAUGCUUCACGAAGUCCUUUUGGCGGGCUGGGGCUGUCCGAUCGGCGAACUCUUCGACCUUGAAGCUUUGUCCAUCCAAUGCAGGAAGAGCAAUAGAUAUAGCUUCUUUGUCGCUAGCGAGCCAUGCAAUGUCCCUGGAGGAGUAGCAAGUCCGCCAAACAUUAUCGCCAUUCAGUAG